CUAAAACCGUACUAACAACAUCAAAACAAUAACAGAGCAGAAGUAUUCAAAAAACAAACAAUUUUCUUCAUCGAAUUUCGUCACAGUGAGACUUGUGAAUAACAUUUUGUGUAAAACUAACAAUGUCUGAGAACCAGAAGAAAACGGGAAAUAUACUGUCGAAUAUCAAUCCUCCCUCUGAGUUGCCUAGUUUCAUCACAUCAGCUGCCACUCAGCAGCCAGCUGCUGUAAAGCUUGCUCCCUCGGACCAGUCGGAUGAAUCACUAAAGAAAGAAACCGAAACGGAUCCAUUUAUUCCGACCACUUUUAGUCCGGCAAUCCCUUCCAGCAAGGAUACCACUGGUACUGCAGCGGCAGCAAAUCUAGCGGGAGCUUUGCCAGAGGAUGAUUCUUCUAGUGCGCCACGUCGCGAUUUCGCCAGUAUGGUGCUAAAUCCAGAGCCCCUAGCGGAUGCCUUGAGCCCCAUUACGCAAAGCGGGUCUGCUCUGUUCGGCUGGAUGAAGGGUGCUGUUAGCAAUAAUGGUAUUUUGCAGAAAGUCGCGGAGAAGGCGAAGAGUUCGGUUGAUACUAUUGUGACGACUUUGGAUCCUCAGAUGAAGGAGUAUAUCAAUUCAGGAGGGGACACUGAAGUUAUUGUUGCGUCCGAUAAGGAUGAUAAGGUUCGUCCGAUAAGAGAGGCGUUUCAAACGGUUUUUGGAAAAGCAACGGUGAUUGGGCUGCCAGCACAAGCAGUAGCAAUUGCUGCACAACCGGUGGGAUUCGCAGCGGGCUUAGAAGGAGCUGAACAUCGUAUAAACUGCAUUCGUGCUGCCAAUCCACGCGUGGAUGACCAUUUACCAAUAGUAGCUGUGGAAAAUUUUCUGGUUGAACUGUUUCCGGAUCAGUGGUUUGAUGCUGGAGUGAUUGUUUUAUUCGAUUACGCUAAGAAUAUUCUUCUGAAAUCGGUCACUCAGAUGACCCCAGUUCCCCUACCUGUCAUAGCCUCUAUUCAGGCUGACACUUUGGAAGACUAUCAACUGAGGGACACCGGAUUUGCGGUGACGGUUGGCAGUGUGAUGGCGAAAAAUUUGAAUACUUCACACACGGAAUGGCACAAAACGUACACCUCGGUCGGUCGCUCGGAUAUGAUCUUGAAUGCUGCUAAAACGAUUGCUACUCUCUACAAACAAGCGGUAAUGGAAUAUUACACCAGCGCUUCCAUCAGUGGACUUUCACCUACAGGUCCUGGCGAAUAAGAUUUGCUACGUGCCAGCCUAUCAACGAGGUGUAGAUGUGGACACUACUAGAUGCUGCUGGUUAGAAAUAUCCCCAUUUUUUCUUACAUCUUGCAAGAAGGCAUUUGUUAUGAUGAGUUUAUGCGCUGUUGUUUCGAAGCUAUACUUUAUAGAUCAAAAUAAUCGAUUAUGGAAACUAGCUCGUGCGUGCAUCGAAUAUUCGCCGAUACCUUUUAUUCCUGUUUUUAGAAUUAAUAUGUUUGUGUCUACAUAAUAGGGCACAUUGUGUUAAUUAACCUCUAUUCUCAAAGUACGUUAUUAUGGACAGAAUAUACUUAUAUUGUCGUUAGAUUUAUACUAAAAUUUAUUGAAAUAUAUAAUAUCAAACAUA